CCAUAUUACUCCGGGCAGCGCUCGAACCUUAUUACUUACCUUUUUUUUUUACCUCCUCCAGCACACUAUGGCAUCUCGCAAGAAGAUUCUUUUGAAGGUCAUUAUCCUGGGUGAUUCGGGGGUUGGGAAAACAUCUCUUAUGAACCAGUUUGUCAACAAGAAGUUUAGUAAUCAGUACAAGGCCACCAUUGGUGCAGAUUUUCUAACGAAGGAAGUGAUGGUGGAUGAUAGACUUGUCACUAUGCAGAUUUGGGAUACAGCCGGUCAAGAAAGAUUCCAGUCACUGGGCGUCGCAUUCUAUCGUGGAGCUGACUGCUGUGUUUUGUGUUAUGAUGUCACAUCUCCUAAUUCCUUUAAAUCUUUAGACUCUUGGCGAGAUGAAUUUCUAAUUCAAGCUUCACCACGUGAUCCUGAUCAUUUCCCAUUUGUUGUUCUUGGAAAUAAGAUUGAUCUGGAAAAUAGGGCG